CAGAGUCUCGUCGCCGUUCACAGCACCAGAAAAAACACAAAACAAUCACUUGGGCACUCACGGUAUCGCCGCUUGGUCGCUAGUCAGUCAGUCUGUCAGACUUAGGUUGCCACUCCAACAAACCCUCGGGACUCCAGACCAGAGAGGACUAGGUGCUCCACCAGAUGACUCCACAAAGGAAACAACACGCACUGUAAUCCUUCUUCGUCCGACGUGGACCCAGGACUGAAGGUUACACGCACAGUAAUACAUGCGACAUGGCAUGUACUGCAACAACGGAGACGCAGACUUCCCUCAACGUGACUAUGGCCAGUUAGCCGGCGUCUUUCUCACUUUCAGCCCAACCAGAGCAGCCUCAAGCAGACAUGCUGAAAUACUUCCUGGAGGAAGAGUUUGGACAGCGCGGGGAAAACUGGGAUUCCAGCACUUUUCUAUGAGGGUGAAAGUAAAACCCUUCUUGCCUUUGCAGAGGAGAGGGUGAAUACAAACGACACCAGCACUAAAAAUCUGGUCAUGAAAAUGGGAAAAGUGAAAACUGAGGUCCCCUCUUCGGCGAUGACAAUUGAGUGGUCAGAACUUAACCCAGUGGAAAAGGCGCAUAUUGAGGGAUAUCGUCCCAUGAACCCCUGUCCGCUGUUUGAGAAAACCAGCAAGACCCUCUUCCUCUUCUUCAUCUGCGUUGAAGGCACUGUGACAGAACAAUGGCAGAUAGACCAUUAUACAAACAAGACCCGUCUCUGCUACAUCAAAAGCACGGAUCUUGGACAGAGUUGGAGUGACGUGACUGAUCUAACAGAUGAACUGCAUGAAAUCAAGAGCUGGGCCACGUUUGCUGUUGGUCCAGGUCAUGGUAUCCAAACAGAGAGUGGGAGAUUGAUUGUGCCAGUUUAUGCCUAUAUGUCUUGCUGCAGCUCAUGCUGUCUUUGGUGUGCAGCAUGUGUGAAAGUCAUACCAUAUGCACUCACUCUGUAUAGUGAUGAUUCUGGUGACAGGUGGCAGUUUGGCCCAACGCUUGAUAAUGAGUCACUUGAGUGUGAAAUGGCAGAAUUUAUCAAUGACAAAAAAACUAGCAUUAUCUACUGUAAUGCCCGUACCAGGGGAGGAUAUCGACAGGAAGCUGUCAGUAGUGAUGCAAGUUUGAUUUUCAAGCCAAGCAGUGCUAUGCAGCUGGUGGAGACAGGUGGAGGCUGUCAGGGAAGUGUGGUGUCCUUUCCAGCUCAGAAUGAAGGUGCUGAGAGCCAGAAUCCAAACAAGUGGCUGCUCUACAGCCACCCGAGCAAUCAAUUCAAUCGCAUUGAUUUAGGAAUUUAUCUGAACAAGGUGCAGAGUGACUCCAGAGCAUGGCGUAAACCCUGGAUCAUCAACAGUGGACCCAGUGGUUACUCUGACCUGGCUUACAUUGAUGAUGGGUGCUUUGUUUGUCUGAUGGAGCGUGGCAAAGACAAAGAAACAGAGGAGAUAGCCUCUGCAGUUUUCAGCUACAAUGAAUUCAAGCAGGGAAUCAGAGAAUAGAUGAUCAGUGCUUUUAUCAGGUGUUAUAAAAUGCUUUAAAUAUAAGACGCUAUUCCAAAAACAUCUUGACCUUGUUAUUCUUCUGCAGUUAAUCUGUGCUUUGAUAUUGCUUACUUUGCUACAUUUGCUAUAUUUUUAAAUCAAAUAUCCAGACUUUUGGACUUUUAGGUUGUUUUCAGUCAGGUGAUCCUGAAGAUGUGUAAAUGUCAGAUGAGGGGCAGGCUUUUAUUAGAACCUGUGAUAUACUACUAACCAAAGCAACCUUGUGGGAUAAGCAAAUGAGUAAUAAUAUUGUUCUAUAAUGUGAACCACAGCAGAUACCCCCCCCCCCACACACACACACACACGCACACACACACACUUUUUCUGUUUUUUUAUGCAUCAGUUGAACUUACAAGUUAAAAUUUGUCUAUUUUAAAUUCUAUGCUGCUUCUUUUCACAGUCUGUUUUUUUUUAUCACUGUUUACAUUGUAAAUACACUCUGCACUCAAGUUACAUGAAUAAUAUCCAGCCCAAACAAACUGCAACAAUCUGAUGAAUCUUUCUUUCAUGUGAUGGCUUAUUAACAAACAGCUGUUUAAUUGCUAAUAAAAUCAUGUAUGACGAGCUAAAUGCCUUUUUAAGAUUAAAUGUAUUAUCAUGCUUAGAAGUAUGACUGUUUAUUGUUUGUUGGAGACUUUGUUCACUGUGCUGCUGCCUGUCCUGGCAUCAGCAUUCUUUAAAAAG